AGCCCCACACCGGAACAACCACCGAUAAGCUAAUUAUAUAAAUAGUACCUAUGAAUUAGACUGGAAUUUUCAAUUUCUAAGCUAUAUCCAAUUUAAAUUACCUCAUGUUAAAUCCAGAAUCCUCCCCUUACUACGAACAUACCGUUUGUUUAGCCAAUGCUGCCAAUCCUCGGGCACCUGGCUCAGUUGUGCUUCCAAAACCAUCAAAUCUCAGUGAAGAUUAUCAACUCAAAAUAGCCUAUAGAAAAUAUGUCACUAAACGUUGUAUUCCAUAUGGUGCUAAACGGAUAAACUUUAUUUUUCUUCAUGGUAACGGUAUGAAUAAAGGUAUUUGGCACUAUCACAUCGAUCAACUUUACAAUAUGUAUGCACUGAUUCCCAACAUGUACAUCGACACUGUGUUAGCUCCUGAUCAUAUCAACAUGUGUGAUUCUGCUUAUGUUAAUGGUGAAAAACUAGGUGCUGUUUGUGAUUGGAAUGAUUUGGCUAAGGACUAUGUUCAAUUGGUCAAGAUUCAAGAGAAGCAACUGUUUUUGCAUCCACAGGCAUUUAAUGUUAUUGUGGCACAUUCAAUGGGUGGAUUUAUUGCAUUACAAGUUGUUGCAAGAGAGCCUCAUUUGUUUGAUUGUUCUGUAUUGGUUAACCCAGUUUGUGUUAGUAAUCCUGCGGCCGAUCCAGGAUUCAUUGCCUACCAAAAGGAUUGGUAUAGACGUGGGUAUGUUAAAUUAAACUAUGAUAUUAAACAAGGUGAAAGUUGGUAUGACAAAGUGUUUGACCAUUUUAAGAAUAAGUCAUUCUAUCGUGGAUUCCAACCUACAAUAUUGAAGAAUUUGAUGGAAGAUGAAAUACCAGAUACUUAUAAUCGCGACAAGUAUUAUCAAACUGUUCAAUUAAAACAUGAUGGAUAUCAAGACUACGUAUCUUACUACAGUCAAUACGAUGCGAUUCCUGCCGGUUAUCCAGCGUAUGAACAAGUUAAGGUACCACUUAGAAUCUUAUCAGGAAACAAGGAUCUUUCAUCACAAUUAAUUGGCAAAUUGUGUCAAGAAAAGAUCAAACAUGCACAACUUCACGAACUAAAGGAUCAAUACCACAACAUGCAUGCCCUGUCACCAGACUUGAUUUUGUCCCUUCUAAAUGACUUUGUAGUUGAAACCUAUAACCAUAGUCGUAAACGUAAUGAUUUCGAUUACUUGAAAGAACAUGGGGAAAACUACAAACAGAUUAUGUUUGAGUCUAGAUUAAAGGAGUUCUUGGGUGAUAUUAAAUUCCAAAGUAAGUUGUAGAGUUAAAUAGAAUAAAUGCUUUUG